CGAAUCAGAAGACAUUUACACUUCCUUUCUUCUACAAGCAGUCCGCCAGAACUUGUGCCUGAAGAUCAGCCCACAAACCCCAUUUCACUCCUCAUUUUAUUGCUGCUAACGGCAGUGAGCAGUGCUAGUGAGUAUCCAGCGAUGUCAACAAAAUCGCUCAAUAGGCCGAUUAAGCCGUCGGUCUCCAGCGGUCUCCUCGCAAAAAUACAUAUGCAGUUUCUCGGGUAUCAAACUCUUAUCGCCUUGAAUAAGUUACAAAAGAUGCUCAUUUCUAUCUCCCACAAAUUCUUCGUGCUGGUCUCGAAAAGUCGCUGGUCGUCUUUCCGCAUUUUCCAAUAACGUUCACUGAACCAUCAUCUAUACGCUCAUGAAUCGCUAUACUUGUAUGUCCGCUGUUUACUUAGCUGUUGCAGUCGCUUCCUCGGCUGUCGCUGUUCCCAUCCACCCACUACUGUACUCGGCUUCCACUAGUACUGUUGUCACUGAGUUGGGGAGUGAGGUACCUCCGGAAACUGGCGCUUUCAACUCCGCUGGCCCACCUGGCACUCAUACGCUCCUUGACCUGGUCGAUGACAACGGCAAACAUUAUCGUUUCGAUGAGCUUGAUGAUCAACGUUCCGAAGAGCUCAAAAUCGCUUCUAUCACUGUCCCAUCUCUUGCACAGCCUCUUGUUCUCACUGGGCCUGGCGAGGUCCAUAUGAAGCCGACUCUGUUUCAGUAUCACAGCAAUACACCUGUAGCGCAAUGGGAUGAAAUGUUGUUAGAAGGCGGAACCGGCGAUGAACCAGGUCCUUCUAGUCAAGGUGGUGUCACUGGUAUAUCCAUUUACGCGGAUGGUCAUGAUGCUCUCCGUCGCCGUGUUCGUUCGAUGCUCGAUCCACACCAUGGGAUCAAUGCUCAUGGUUACAUAUUAGCGGAUGUGCCAAGAGAGACAGAGAUAUACCGGAAAGCAUAUAAUGCCCAGCUUGCCGCAGGAACUCUUCUUCCUUCAGAAGCGCCGACCCCGGAGGAAUAUGCCAAGAAGCUUGAAACGCUAAACCAAGAGUAUAUCCGUCUCAGCACUCCAAAUCAAAGCGCCAGCAAAAACCACUGCGCUCGUGCUUUGUCGAAUAUUUAUGGUGCCGACUUGGACUAAGCCGGUUCCGCUUUAGUUUCCACGGAGUCGGUUUAAUGUGCUAUCUUGCAGUAUCUAGUUCUAGCUAUCGUUGAAAUUUGCUUGUCGUCCCACAGUAGUAUACAUUGAUUGCUGUUCAAGCUUCAAGGGUUGAAAUUGUUCAGGAGUUAUUGAGACCGAUCACGUAAGCAAUUAGACGCUCAUCACUAAAGCGCCGUCGGCAUUUCCUUCAACUCUUUC